UUGGCGCGAAGAUAAACUUUUUCAUACAGUCAUGGCUAUUUUAAACCGAUUUUACAGAUCAGUUAACAGUAACAACUACUAUAUUGAGUGGACAAUAUUCCAUAAUGGAGUUUGAUUCUUUAGAAAGAAGGAAGUAAUGGAUUUAAACUUUUCGCAAGAUUCCUUUGCGUUUAGCGACAUUGUUGCACCUUCUCAUGUCAGUGGGCUCGAGUCUUUUUCGGAUUUUGACGCAAGUGAGUGCAGCGAAGCAUCUUUCGCUGAAAUUGUGCCGAACAAAGACAUCAACACUGAUCUUGGAACGUCUUUGACUGGAGAAAAUGUGGGUCAAACGGAUGGUUCUGUAGAAAAAUGGAAAGAGUCAAGUGCUACUGAGCAGUCAUCCCUGGGAUUGCAGGAACUGAACUCCGACAACAUCAAUGAGUUCUUUGAGGCCAUCCAUAAUGCAGAGUCACUUGGCUUUGUAGCAUCAAGUGAGAGUGGGAAAAGUGUGACUGGAGAUGAGAGUUCACUUGGAAUUUUGCAGUUAGACGGACUACCAGACCUCAGUGACAAUUUUCAGACUCCAGCUGGUUCUAUAGAAGCCUCCCUGAUGUCGGAAAGAACUUUAAUUGGUGAUGAAGAAGAUGGCAAUGACCUUGGUGAAGUUGUACUCAAUCACUAUACUGUUGAUGGUAAUCAGCAAGAAGGAGAGGACAUCCCCUUUACUAAUGGGUUCCAUCCAGCUUCAGACCAGACUCCAGUUGUUAACAAGAACACAGUGAUGCAAUUAGAAGAAGAAAGACCAGAUACUGGUCAAGAUCCAGACACGUUUUUCAGUUCUCACAGCAUACAAGCAAAUGAUGAUUUUCAGGAAUCUGUUAAUGAGGAACCUUUACAACACAGCUAUGGUCAAGAAGAACUUGAUAUGAUGUUACAGAGGAGAGCAGGGAGUGGUGAUGGUGGAGAGCUGAUUGAUAGGGUGUCAUUGACAUCCAGUAUCAGCUUCAUUCAAUCACAGACAUUUCCUGACAGUAUUUUCAGUCAAAGUUUUGGCAGUAGCAGAGGGCUCGGGAGUGGAAUGGAUUCCAGAUCUGAAAGUGAUGGACAUGAGGAUAAUGAUGAGGACACAUCACCACUGCUACACGGUGCAGGAGAUGGAAGUAAUGAUAGUAGAGGACGCCCUGGUCUUGAAGGUGCUAACUCUGAUGUGGAAGACUUGCAAUUCCAAAAUGGACCUUCUUUAGAUGCAAGUAACAGACAAGAAACACAGGCAAUAGAGUUGCGUCAAUCAGCAGAGGGUGUUGAUGUUCUUCCUGACAUUCUAGGAGAUGGAGGUGGAGGUGGUGACGGCAGCAGUGGUAACAAUAGUGAUACAGAUGAUGGUGGCCCAGCUGGAGCAGCGUAUGCAUCCUCUACUGCAAGCUCUUUACCAUCCUCAACAUUUCCUCCAUCAAUCAUGUCAUUUGGAUUUGUCAACCAAUCCAUGGGAGGAAACUUCCAGGGCACUUCCUCUUUACCUGCCAGUGAUGGUCUGACAGCAGGGAGAGGCUGUCCUGUUGGUGACGCUGCUGCAGAAAGGUCACCUGUCCUGUCCCCUAGUCCUCCAGACUGGAUAAACAGGUUACAUGAUUCUGUGACUAUGCCACAUUCUCUACAUUUCCAAGCUUCGUCUACUCCCAUGGUUAGAGAGGGUGCGCCACAGAAUUGUGACAACACAGGUACCCACAAUGAAACAUCAGCUCUAGAGUCUUGUUACCUAAUGGGCCACAAUGCUGCCACGCCUCGUUCAGCAUGGGCAGAAGAUGGCUCUUUUCAUAUGUCCCAGAUGCUGGGCAACAAACAAAGCAACUCUCUUGUGGAUGCUGAGUCCUUGAAUUUUGACCCUACCACCAUUGAUGCUACCCAUAAUGCUUCUCAAGAUGAGGAUAAGACUCUCAUUUCCAAUGAAACAGCUUUUGAAGGUUAUUCAAAUCAAGAAUCGGAUCAGAGGUCAGGAAGCUGGCAUGGUGAUGGGUCAGCUGUGUCUGCUUCAAUUAAUCAGAGUAGUCCUGACUUCUCAAUCAAGUUUGGAAAUAGCAUUUUCAUCAAUGGGGACUCAGCCAUUGACAGUUCAAAGCUAUGGAAGUCAACACCCAGAGAUGAAGAAGAAGACAGAAUGAGGUCUACACCUGGUGUUGUGUUCCAAGGCAAUCAGCGACCAUCUACUGUGACUGGACAACUAGUUGUUAAUAAUCAGCAUGCUAGAACAGAACAUUCAAGUGAUGGGGAUCCUUCUACAACCUUGGCAUCAGGAGUAACAACUUGGAGAGAGGGAAAUUCCCAGGGGCUAGUGGAUCUAUCAAGUGGCCAAAAUGGUGUUGAUCUGCCUACUGACAGAACCUUGACUCCUGGAGGAAUUGGCGAUGAUACUUCUAUCCAACAAACAGCAGCACCUUGGGAAAUUGAUAACAUGUCCUCUUGCCCUUGGCCUGAUGGUGCAGGUGGAAUGCAAGACUCAAUACUGAGAUCAAAUCCAUUUGAAGUAGGCUCCAUUGAUCAACAGCCAUGGCCUUUUGGUGAAGGUGGGGCUGUUUCUGAAGAAGAUCAACCUUUGGGUGGUGGAAGCAAAAGGUUCUCAUGGACAGGCUCUGAUUUUGGGUUUGAGGUGCAAGGAGAUGCAGAAGCAAUUAUUGCGGCAGGUGAAGAGAGUUUCAACAGGGAGCAUGAGCUUGAAAUUCCAUCUCACACUCAAAUUAAUGAUAUAACUAAGUUGCACGACUGGACUGUGCCUGAGAGUCACUUUCUCACAAGACCAUCCCUGCUCCAGGUUGUGGGUAUAAAUGAUCCUAGUGGCUUGGGAGAGGUGCGUAUUUCAUUUGGUGCAUUUCUUGCAGCAGGAUCGGGAGAGCUUGGUUCAUUGUCUAGAACUAGUCCUGACAGACCCAGGCCUCAUUUUGGAGAUGACAAACCAAUACUGACCCCCUCCCCACAGCCACCAGUGAGAAUGAUCAGCAAGCCUUCUACACCAUUUGAUCAGUUUAUGCAAGAGAGCAAUCCACCUGAUGUUCUUUCAAAUAGGACAUCUGCAGAUGGAGGCAUCAAAGAGGCAUUGCAACAGCAACCCAAGCAUGUUGCUAAGAAACCUCAGAAACACGAUCAGUUGAAGAAAGAAGAAAGUUUAGAAGCAGGAAGUGGUCCUGGAACCUCCAAAUCCCAGGAGUUGACUGCUGCAGGUCCAGAAGAGUUGUCUUUGGAAAUGCAGAAGAUGAAGCUUGAUGAGCAGUUCAAAGUUGAUUCUACCUUCAAAAGUAGAAGUAGAACAGCAAGUCAGACUAGCUCACAGAGCAGUAGCAGUAAAGGAAGUAUCAAGAGUGUCGUCAAGAUAGACAGUUCUCAAAGUGUACAACCCAGUAAAAAUAUUGCUGGUGAUAUUAGAUCUAAACCCAAGGAGGGGAAACGAUUACACAGAAAGGAAAAGGAAGAGAGUCAAAUUGUCUCAACUAAUCCACUUGAUGUAUCUUCAAGAUCAGAACUGGGCCUUCAGCAGGAACUUCAAGAGUUGUACAUACACUCCAGUAGAAUAGGGUCUCCAAGGAGAUCAUCUGUUGGGGAUGUAAGUUCUGCUUCAUCACUAGAAAAGAUGACUCAAUUUAUUGCAAAAGCCAUAAAUGAGGAUCCAGAUGAAAUAAGGAAAAAAUUAACAGCAGUAGAAAAGAAAAAGUCCAAGGCCAAGUUGAGAAGGAAACGUAUUUCAUCUUCUGAAGUUGAAUCAAUAUCACCCAGUUCUAGAACAUCUGACUUCAAUCCUGUGUCCUCCAGUAGUCCUCAAACAAAGUCCUCACCUGAAAAGUUAGCAUACUCACCAGGAAGGGCUCAAGGGAUUGUGCCUAAUAACAAUUCUGACUCUCUAGACAAACUGGCAAGUUACUCAAUUGAGGAUAGUGUUUUUCGUUCUCAUGAUUCACCAUCCAUGAUCCCCCUUAGUAUGAAGGAGCUUGAUUCCAAAGAUUUUCCAUCAGAACAGGAAUCCAUGUCUUCCUCUGAAAUGGGCAACUUUCAACAUGUUAUUCCUCAAUUUGGUGAAACAUACACACUUCGAAAACCUUCUGAGGAUAGUAAUCAACAUCUUAAUGCUCCUAUGGUUGAUCCUAGGAAACAUAGAACACAUGAAAUUGAACAAAGACUAAACCGCUCACUUCCUAAGGAUGAAGACCAUGAUAAUUUUUCUCAUCCUCCCAUGGCAACUAGGCAACUUCAUCCUUUAAUCCAAGAAAGCACUAUGUGGCAGUCAGAAUCCUCAUCACCUAGGCAACGACUUGAGACGUCAGAUAGUGCUGUUGGAAGCAUGACUACCUCACUCUCUGAGGAUGUUACCACCACUAGACAUUCUUGGCCAGAAGCAACCCCAAGUUGUUGGUACAAGACAAGGGAGGACUCUCGUUGGGCUGCUAAUGUGCAAAAUUAUGCUAGCCAACUUAGUGGCACCAAUGCAACUGUAGGACUUAUGACUCGUGUUACUGCAAAUGAUAAUGUAAAAGUAGCUGUUCAAACUAGCAACUUGAAUGAAGGACUGCCAUCAUCUUUGUUGAUGCAUGGGCAUCAGCCUGCAAGUUUAACCAAUCACAAUAGUUCACCACUCAGUAUUCCAUUUAGCACUUCUCAAGGAAUUGUUCCACUUGUGAAUCAAGGGACAAUAUCACAUUUGUAUCCUGGGGUUAACAUCAAUGGUUCCAUUGGUUUACCAGGCUUGGCAGGGCCUAUUUAUCCAGGAAAUGGUUUAAGUAUUCAGACGCAUGGCCCAUUGUCACAUACAGCACCAGUUGGGUAUGGUCCAAGGAUGGCUCCUGUUGGGUCAGCCAUGUAUCCAGGUCAUGGACAUGGCUUAAUUAACACUUUACAUGGUCAAGUUCCUCUUGUUCAUACUGUUUCUGCGUCAAUGGGACCAAAACCAUCAAGUUUAACACCAACCUAUGUCCAAUCUGUUGAUGUCAACAUUCCUCAUAGUAGUAAUAGUCAAUAUGAACCCACCCAUCAACUUCCUUUACAAUUUCAAUCUAACCCGUCAAACAUUUCUGGGUUGCCAGCUACAUUCACACAACCAAAGAUACCUGCUUCCUUACCUUUCCACCAACCUUCUUUCCAACAUGAUCCUAAUGGACUUUUGCAAGUAAGACCUGAAUUUUCACGAGAGAGAAUGCUACAAUCGCCAUCGCAGCUGAUUAUACCAGGGGAGAUAAAGAUUCCUUCGUUUUGCUGUGUGGGUGUCUUGACAGAAACGGUCAUUCCUUUGCAUAACAGCAGUAGCCGAUGGAUGCAUUGUGAAAUACACUCUAUCUUAUCCACCGUCAACGGGGUCCAGGUACCAAGUAGCAGUAGUGCAUUUUCUCACCAGCUGAAAGCUAUCAUUGGUCCACAUACCACAGAGAAUAUCAAGUUAAGCAUUGAGCCUAAAGAAGCUGGCACACUCACUACACAGCUGCAAGUUUAUUCAUUCCCUGUUGUGUGUGAAGUACAACAAGUAACGCAUAGUGUGGGACCAGUGUUGGCCUUAGAAGUUGUUGCUGAAGAACCUCAAGUAGAGGUUGUUCUUGAGGAUGAAAACUCUAUUUUCUUUGGUGAAGUUUCUUGUGGGGCCAAGCAAUGCCGACCAAUUCAUCUUGUUAACAGAGGGAGAGCCCAAGUGCCUAUCAGAAUCAUUAUAUCUGCAAAUAGCAGCUCACUAAACUGUUUUGCAUUUGCUGAUGCGGAUUUCAUGCCAAAGACAGAUGUGGUCAGAGGACCUGCCUCUGCUGGGGCUAAGGGAUCAGCAUUAACUAUCCACACUCUGUUUAUAAAGGGACGGAAAGAAUUGACUUCCAAGGUAGAGCCCACUGUUGUCUGGCUUCUGUUUCAGUCUCCAAACAUGAGCAUUAAGAGUCCCACAUCAGUUGGACCUGCAACUGAGUACACAGCACGGCUUGAUGUAGAAAUUGACAGUGCACAGCAAGGCCUGACUAUUUCCAGUAUUGCUCUGAAAGCCAUUGAGGGAAUUGUAAGACUACAUACUCCACAUAAACUUCAGGUGGUGACUCUAAAAAGUCCAGUGGGGAAGAGCACAAGUUGUACCAUUCCUGUCAAGAAUGCUGGCAACAUUACAGCUAAAGUGAAUCUUAGAAUUGAAGGAGACUCUAAACAAUUCUCGGUUAAACCUGCUCAGUUACGGGUAAAACCUGAAGAGGAGUCCGAGGUUCAAGUCGUGUUCCAACCCACUGAAGGAGAUAAACAUGUGGAAAGCCUGGUAAUUCUGGCAGUUCCAAAUGGACCAGUGUAUGAAUUAGUACUGAAGGGAUCAGCUUUGCCAAAAGAGGAUGACAAGUUUGCUUUAUUAAGCAGUAAACCAGUUCUCUGCUGGAGUGGAGUAGCACUUGGAUGGUCUCAGCAACAGAAGGUUAUACUUAAAACAAGCUCUGCAACCCCAGUAAAACUUCAACUUAUGAUUGAGGGAAACCACUCAGAUUAUCAGAUACAACCCAUGUUUAGCUCACAUGGUGGAAGCCCAGAGCACCCUCAGGCUACUCUUGAGCCCAAGAAGGAACUUCCUGUCCAUGUAAGCUUUUCACCAUCAUCCAUGGGUCUCAUCUCCAGUUCUCUGGUCAUCAAAUCCCUUGCUGGAAAAACAAAGUCCAAGAUACCUUUGUAUGGCUGUGGUGGAACAAGUCAGCUGGUGCUGGUCGAUAUUAGACAGUUGAGUGAAGGAUAUGUCACCAACAUUGGAGAGGUUUCUCUGGGAAAGAAGAAUUCUGUCAAAGUUGUGGUGAGAAAUUCUGGCACAAGGGCAGCUUUUGUCAAAGCCAUAUGUUAUUCAGAUAUCCAUACACUUCAAAAGUAUCCUUCUAGUCACUUAAAAAUUCACCCAGACAGUUUUGUCCUUUCUGAGAGGACCUCAAGGGCUGUGUUAAUUGAGUACCAACCUCUUGAGAAGGAUGCAAUUAAUUGUCGCACAUCUGUGAACUCUGUGGCUGUUGUGGCUUUCUAUACUGGAGACGAAUUUUUGAGACAACAAUACAAGAAGAAUCUGCAUACACAACCUUUACAGCCUUCGUCUCAAAUAAUGGAGAGAAGUCUUCUAACAGGGAUUAACUUUACCACAGCUUUUCAAGAUGAGGAUAAACUUGUUGAAGAUGUAAAAUACCCCAAGGUAGCAAGCUGGGACAGUUUUUUCCAGGGUAGUGUGUCCAGAGUUCUGUUGACUUUGGUUGGUUCACCACCUGGAUCCAGUCCCAACAACAAACCUGAUCCCAACAGGUCUGUGGACACUGUACCUGUCUCUGAUAAACAGGCUGUAACGUCCCAAGAAACAAGUCCAGUUAAUGGGAAUCUUGCAGCAGAAUUUUGGACAGUUAUACCUGACUUCCUUACUUUGUCACCUUGUAAUUCAAAAGAUGACAAGAGUGGCAAAGGAUCUGAUCAACUUAGGAUAUUAAACUUUUCUGACCGUUCAAUUGGAUUUGAGUUUACUUGGCCUGCACACUCCAUCAUUAUUACACCUGAAAGAGGAGAAAUCCCACCAAGGAGUCAGGCCAGAGUGUUGGUUAGUUCAAAGUCAAAUCUUUCAAGCUCUUCCACUCCUCUUCCUUGGGGAGGUACAAUUUAUUUGAAGUGUGAUGGUAAACAGCAGGCUAUCAGAGUACAGAUAAGAGAGGAAAGGAUUUUAGAGAAUUCACCACAUCAAUCUGGUACAUCCAAUUUUCAGUCCAUACCCACCAUGGUCACUGGAAACACACCACUUCCAACAAAUCAUUUGCCUCCCUUGAGAAUAAAAAACAAAGAUAUUGUGUUUGAGAGGACAAUGAUUGGAACUGUUACAACUUCAGAGAUAUCACUCACCAACACAGCAUCAGAGAAUUUGACAUGGAACUUGUCUUCAGUGGCACCAGCCUAUGUGAAGGUGGAUGACACUGGAAAUAUUUGUAGAACCACAUAUCUUGCCUUCAGCAUGGCAAAACAAGAAGGAACCAUACAGGCUGGAAGAACAACAAAGAUUUUUGUUAAGUUUCAGCCAAGAGAUGCUGGUGAAUAUGAGCAAUCUUGGGAUCUUAUGACCACAUCUGAUGCAAAUAAAUCAAAACAGAAAAUUUUCCUCCAUGGCCAGGCUGUUGAUAGAACUGAUGAUUUUGAGGGACCAAGUGAAGACAUUGACACUCUCUUGCCGGCGAAAUCAAAAAAAGUUACCAUCAAAGAACCAAUGAGAUCACCCAAGAAUGUCAAGAAAGGGCUCUACAUUAAAGAAAAUGUGCUUAAAUUUCCUGUUACAGCAGCAGGGGCAACAAGUGAAGCACAGCUGAAAAUCUGCAAUGGCUCAAAAGAUGACCAAUAUGGGGUGCGGGUCUCAUCAAUGAAGACACCUUUCUCUGUUCAGAUUUCAAAGUUUUCAGUCAGAGCCUUACGGUUUGUGCGACUACCAGUGCAUUUCUCACCAACUGAACCUGGGAAGUCCUAUGAGGCAUCACUGGUUAUUACAGCAGACCCUGAUGUUAUUAUCACAGUACAGCUUCAAGGAUCAAGUUCUGACUGAUUCAACAGUGUAAAGUCAGCAGAUAAUAAGUUAACACUAAAUUUAUACUAUGUAUAUAUUAUUUGUGUAAGAUAUUGAUGUAUAUAAUAAAGUAAAAUUACAAA